CCAGUUACCUCUAUAAAUUCCCACCUUCAUUUCCUACAACAACUCAACACACACAUAUUCUCUCUCUUUUCUUAUUCCCCUCAGAGAUUAUCUCAACCAUUUAACUUUCUUGUUACCUCGUCUAAAAUAGACCAAAUAUGAACAGAAUAACAGCUAUGUUCUUCAUGUCUCUGUUUCUCUGCUGCAUGCUCACCCACUCUGCACGACAUGAACCAUCUUUUCAAAAGGAAUCUUUGGUAGUAACACAGCAUGAGGAUGUUGAGGCAGAUGAUACAAUUUGUGAAGGGAUUGAAGAGGAUGAAUGCUUGAUGAGGAGGACACUCAUUGCUCACACAGACUAUAUUUAUACACAGAAGCAUAACCCUUGAAACAAUCUUCACCCUUUUACUCGUUUAUAAAUUAGUAAUAUAGUAUUAUACAAAGCCUUUGUGUCGUUCUUUACUAUGAUAUUUUGUGUAAUAUAUUUGUACUAUGUCUUUGAUAGUGAGUUUAUUGUAACAUACCAUUACUAACCAAAUAUAAAUAGGUGGAGCUGUUUACUUGAAUCCAUUAAGUAUCAUAGCAGUAGUAUUAAUGAUAAUCCUCGUUUCUUAAAAUAAAAUAAUGACAGGUUAAUAAAGUGACAGAAAAAAAGUACUCUGAGCGUGAGUAUAUUUGACUUGUUGAGGCAACCAUAACUGGAUUUAAUGCAAGCUAUUACUCUUCUCUGAAUGCAAUAUUCAAUGUGUAAAACAACUUUUGCGGCUUAUUCAGAUGGAGAUAUUUGAUCAAAUUGGUUGAUG